AUGAAAACCCCCAGAACGGCGAGGUCGUCUGACUUCAGACUCCUCGAAGAUAAUAAUGACAAAGUAGUUACUGUCCAGCCAUUUACCAAUGAGCUGCAUGCUUUCGAAUUGUUGGGGGCUGGCAACCCAAAUGACAAGGGACACCAUUAUGUCCCAUCUUAUUUGGAUGUUCGCUUGGACCUUUGCGCCCCCCCUGAAAAGCAAGGACGAUUACAUCCCAAUUUCUUCAUGGGCUGGAUUAUAUUCAUUCUUGCGGAGUCUUCCACCAACGUCAGCUUACAUCACUGCAAUAUCGAAUCCUCGAACAUUGAGGACAUCCAUCGUCAGCUCUGGGGACCGACAAACAUAUCCACUGAGAAGGAAGAGUCUCGCAGACUUGAAAUCGUGUUUAUCGAUUUUGACGUAUCCCUUGUCUCGGAUCCCCCCCUCCCCCCAGUGUGGAUAUCCCGAAUAUUGAAGAACCUGUCACCGCUCGAUUCCGACAACAUUCCCCAUCCAACUCCUCAUGGGCUUCAAAAGGACAUGUGGAUGGGCGCUUCGACGGCAUACUAUCUUCUCUGUGUCUCGGACACUUGUCACUUCCGCACGUUCGAGAAGCGGGAAAAGGAGAGUGAUGAUAUCUUACGCCAGGAAGAUGGUAGCUUGUCAGAGCCACUGACGAAUACCGUUGAAUUGGCGUGGGCGAUACGGCCUAGAACUCUGAGGGAAAGAAUAUCUAGUAUAUUUCCGGCCUCGCGAAACGGAUCCUGUUGA